GUGGAAUUCUUCCAGUUCCACACCGGGUAAGUACAACUUAACCUUUGCUCCCGAACCCCGACUUCCCAACAAACUUCAGGCUGACUUGCAUCUUCCACUACUUGAGCAAUCCGAAGUGCGAGAAUAUGGCAUCAGGAGAAGAGUCCUCGUUCUUCUCUUUCAUUCUGAAACCAGGUUCAUCUCUCCAUCCGACGUUUCUUCUCGCAGUCGACGCUGCAUUUGCACUGCUAUUCUUCGUCUUCCUUUGGUCAGCGUACCUAACGAAAGGCAAUCCGCACUUCUUUGUUCUGAUGGGCAUCCAACUAGCCUUAUGGGCGAGCGUGAAAUGGUUCGUGCAAGAGCUUAAAAAACUUCCUCCUGCAAGUGCGACGACCAGUAUGGAGACGAGUACAGACAAAAAAGAACAAUGAUAUAUCGUAGAGAUACACGACGCAAUGCAAUGCAUGGAAUGUUAUCUCCUCAUCGACGUGCCUUGUCAUUUCCUUCAUGCCAACGUUUCAUCCGUUUUGCGCUUUCCUGGGCCAGUGCAAACACUACAAUAUACCCUUCUCUAAACGAUUGUGCUGUAUCGGAAGAAGGUCCACCUCCUCCUGCAGGGCCAAGGGCUGCAAAAUGCUGCGCUUGGUCAACCACCUCGAGCAACCGCCCUUUGAAGGCCUGAAAACGAUUAUUGGUAAUGUUACACACUCCAGUCAAGCAUGCUCCCUGAAAUUAGCAGCGAGACUCACAUAUCCAUGAUCAUCUUCCCAAA